AUGACUAAGAAGAAAAGGGGACAUCCUGAUGUUGAGGAAGUCCUGUCACGACCAUGGUGCUAUUACUGUGAGCGCGAUUUCGAUGACUUGAAGAUUCUGAUCAACCACCAGAAGGCAAAACAUUUCAAAUGCGACAGGUGUGGGCGGAGGCUGAACACCGCAGGAGGCCUUAAUGUACACAUGAAUCAGGUGCACAAGGAAACCCUGACGGCCAUCGAGAACGCCCUUCCUAAUCGUUCAGGUCUUGAUGUGGAAAUCUUCGGCAUGGAAGGCAUUCCUGAUGAGAUCGUCCAGCAACACAAUCAGCGUGUCCUGACUCAAUUUCACCAAGUAGAAGCGGAACGACGCGCAGCCACAGGCAAUCCUGCACCUGGUGCACAGAGCACAAAUGCCAUUAAAAAACCUAAAUUCGAAUCGCCUUCAGACCUCAAGAAGAGAUUGGCCGAACACAAAGCUGCGAAGCUGGCAGCAGAACAGAAUGGUGGAGGUAGCAGUGGUGGCAACACACCCACUCCAACUCAAUCACAAGCUGCUACAACACAAUCGCCUGCGUCGGCUGGCCCGCCUUCUUAUCCUGGAUACCAGCAUUCGUACAGUACUCCCCCUUCAGUGAGCACCUUUGCCGCUCCUCAGACUUACGGUCAGCCGCAUCCUGCUUAUCCGCCGCCAGCAGCAAGUUUCGCUCACAGCCCUCCUCCUCAACACCCUUACGGUCAAGUUGCUCAGCCAUUUCAGCAACCAUAUGCACAACCACCACAACCGACUUUUCAGCAGCAUCCUUUCCCAGUGCCGAACGCUUUCUCUCCACUAUCUUAUCAGAUGACUCCACCGCUUGCACAUCAAGCAGCACAUUCACAGGUACCACAAAAUGGUUUUACAGGACAAGUAGGUGCGCCUCGUGCUUAUAGUUCUGCUUCACCCGUUUCUCAAUUUCCUGCUCAGCCAAGAACUCACUCACCUGCUCAGAACGGGUUGCCUGCGAAAGUGGGCAAUGGCACUCUACCCAGUGCGCCUGGGUUGCCGCAGAGACCAGCUGUGAGUGCUCCUUCUGUCAAUGCUGCUCAAUUUCAGCAGAUGCAUCAAGGUCAGAUUCGUGUACAACAGAAUUUUGCACCAGCCCCAGCGCCACAGUAUGUCCAGCACAGCGACGGAUACAGCCCUGCUGCUUCUCAAAUUGGUAUGCCUAGUAGCUUGUCCGCUAGCAUGCCAGGCGCGUCAUCCCUCGAUGAUUUGAUCUCAAGUGCUUCUAGGCAAGCUGACGAAACACUUGCUCGAGCAAAGACUUCUACACCGAAUCCGUCAACGCCACAACCGGCUUUGGCGGGCAAGGAAGACAACACUGAUGCUAAGACGAGCAAGAAAGACAAGGACAGCAAGGAAAAGUCAACGAAGGCAACAAGGUUGGUCUAUUCUGACAACGAGACAAGCCCCGAAGAGAAAAUGGCUGCUCUGGACAGGUACAAAUUUACGCCGGUAUGA